CUUCACAGAAAUGGCAUCUUGUAGCAACGAGGACUUAACUGAACGAUUCCGUUCUUCAGUUAUCUUCGCUCUCUCUCUAACUUGACCGCGCUACGAAAUUUCUCCUUCCAGUCUACAGUUCUCUCCGUUCUUGUGUUCAUCGACGAUGGCGCUGAAGAAAGGAUCGGUGUCUGGUUUUGCUAAGCACGAGGAUGAAGGAGGUAAUGGUGGUAUCGGAGGAUAUAGGUUAGUUUUGGCUGUUCUCGUCGCUCUCUCUGUUCUUGCGUCCUUGCCUUUUGUCGUCGUCAGCGGCUUCCACACUAUUGGUGAAGGGGUUAUUUCAAGUAGUCCAAGCAAAGGGGUAAUUGAUGAUAUUCCAGUCAACACAAACAAUACGGCAACUAUUGGUACUAAUUCUUCGGUGAACAAUACUUUUACCUUAUCUUUGAGUUUGGUUGGGGACUCCUCAGUUGAUGCGAUUUCCAUGCUAAGCCAAACGACUGUAGUUUCGAGAGGAACCCUCCAGGUCGAAGAGGACACUUCUUUGGGUGGUAAUACUAGGACAUCUUAUUUUUAUGAUAAACUGCUAGCUCUUGUUUUUCGCGCUCUUUUAUUGACGCUGUUGUCUUUUACAUGUUAUCGUACGGAAUUCAUCUAUUUGCCCGUGUUCCCUAAAGCAGCCAGAAGGAUAGCAAGAGAAGAACGAAACGAAAAUCAAUUGCUGGAGUUGGACUUUGAUCCGCCUAAUGAAGAUACCAUUGUAAAACUUGAGAAUGCAAAUAUGCAGGCCUCUGAACUAGUUGACUCCUCGAUCACUGGAAAAUACAGUAAAUGGAAGAAAGAAAACAAGAACAAGAAUCAAGAUUCUACUAUACGUCUAAUGCGAGACCAGAUUAUUAUGGCAAGAAUAUAUUUGAGCAUUUCGGAAAAGAAAAGGAAACUUGAUUUGGUUCAAGAGCUCCAAAUUUGUCUUAAAAGGAGUCGUGGUGUACUAGGAGAGGCAAAUAUUGAUGCUGAGUUGCAUUACAGUGCGCCCAAGAAAAUAAAAGCUAUGGCUGAUGUUCUUUCAAAGGCGAGAGAUCAACUGUUUGAUUGCAAGUUGGUGACCAGGAAGCUGAGAGCAAUGCUUCUAACUGAAGAAGAAAAGGUUAGAAGGUUGAAAAGGCAAAAUACAUUUCUCAUUCAAUUGGGAGUUAAGGGUAUUCCAGGUGGUAUUCGCUGCCUGUCCUUGCGCCUCACCAUCGAUUACUACCUUCUUCCUCCGGAGAGGAGAAAUUUCCCUAGAAGUGAAAAUUUGGAAGAUCCAAGAUUCCACCAUUAUGCUCUCUCCACUGACAACGUCUUGGCUGCCGCAGUAGUUGUGAACUCAACCGUAAUGAAUGCUAAGGAUUCUUCAAAACAUGUAUUCCACCUGGUAACUGAUAGUCUCAAUUUUGGAGCAUUGAAAAUGUGGUUUCUCUUAAAUCCUCCUGAAGAGGCUACGAUCCACGUUGAAAAUUUAGAUGAACUUAAGUGGCUGAACUCAUCCUAUUGUCCAGUACUCCGCCAGCUUAAUUCUGCAGCAAUGAGAGAGUAUUAUUUCAAGGCAGGACAUUCUACCACUCGUUCAUCUAGUGCUUCUAAUUUGAAGUACAGGAACCCAAAAUAUCUCUCAAUGCUAAAUCAUCUGAGGUUCUAUCUACCUCAAAUUUUUCCCGAGUUAGAUAAAAUUCUAUUUCUGGACGAUGACAUUGUUGUCCAGAAAGAUUUGACUGGAUUGUGGCUUGUAGAUCUUGAGGGAAAAGUCAAUGGUGCCGUGGAAACCUGUGUUGAGAAUUUUCAUCGUUUUGACAAGUACCUUAACUUCUCAAACUCUUUUAUCGCUGGAGAAUUCGACCCAAAUGCAUGCGGUUGGGCAUAUGGAAUGAAUAUAUUUGAUCUCAAGGAGUGGAAAAAGAGAAAUCUCACUGGCGUAUAUCAUACAUGGCAGAACUUGAAUGAAGAUAGGCUGCUUUGGAAGCUGGGUACCUUGCCUCCAGGUUUGAUGACAUUUUAUGGGCUGACAUAUUCCCUCAAUAAGUCUUGGCAUGUGCUUGGAUUGGGUUACAAUCCAAGUAUCAACCCAUCAGAGAUAGAAAAUGCAGCUGUUAUUCACUAUAAUGGCAACAUGAAACCUUGGAUGGAGAUGGCAAUGACAAAGUAUCGCCCCUACUGGACAAAAUAUAUUGACUACGACCAUCCUUAUCUUCGCCAGUGCAACUUCGUUAAAUGAAACUUACUGUGGAUAACUGCAGCUACAGGUUUCUCUAACUUUCACUCUCUCUCUCUCUCUCCCUCCCCACGUUGAAUUUGCUUUACUUGGUUUGCUGCAUGACAUGGGGCUGGGGAUAUCUCACAUCACAGUUAAGUACCUUUGUAAUUCAUUCAAUUGGUUCUCACUGGCCUUCAUGCAUUAUACUUGAGGGGAAACAAGUCACGUUAGCAUGUGAGAAAUUCUUAUGCC